AUGGCAGAGCCAGGCAGUGUCUCCUCUGCAGCUGACAGCACCAGCACCAAACUGUCUCUGGAUCUGGGCGUGUGCCAAGCCUUCCCCACCACUGGAUCUGCCCAGCCAGAGCACCCCUCACCAGCCAGCAGGACCAUCACCAUCUUGGGUAGCCAGGGCCCAGGCACCCCAGUGCCGCAGGUGAUGGCGAGACCGCAGGACCCAGCUGGGAGCAGUGCUAGGCAACACUGUCACUACAGAGGGAAUGCCAAGCACAGGACAGGGACAUCAACCCCCAGCAUCAGCAAGAGCUUUCUAGAGCCACAUGCAACUGCCAGGCUCCCAUCCCAGGAGGUCACACCAGGGCUGGACAAGGCCACUUCGCCUCCAGAGAGUGCAACCGUCAUCUCUGAGGACUUGGACAACACCAUGAAGCCAGCAGCAGCCCCAGCUAGCCCUGCUACUGGCAUCUCCAGGGGUCCCCCCUACGCAGCCACAGAGGGGGUCAGGAUGGCAGCCCCACCAUCUGCAGACACCACAAAUGCAUCCCUGGCAAAGGUCACAUUUUCUUCUUCCACCAUUGGCAUCAGUGAAGCUACAGAGCCAGGGACAAGUGCCUUAUCCAACACAGACCACAGUACCUCCCAGGACCCCCCUGUGUCCUCCCUUCAGCCACCUCCAUCACAGCUCUUUGGUGGUGCUAAACCAGGCACAGGAGCGCCACUUCUCCCCAGCCACAGCACAAACGCCUGCACUGCUGGAGAUGAGCUCCCUCCUGUCACCCAGCCCCAGGCCCCUGCAUUACCUCUGGCCACACCAGCUACGGUGAUGGAUGCCACUGCUGCAGAACGUGUCCCCACUACAUUGUUCCAAGCUCUGGGAAGCACCAGUUCUGAGUUGGUGGCUGCCAGGAGAGAGCCCAGUGCCAGAGCCACGGCAGACACCACUUCCCUGGAGACCAAGGCCACUCAAGUGGGACUCCCUGUGGGGCUGUCCCCCUACACAGUUCAUGAUGGCCCUGGUGGCCCUUCUUCAGGAACCUCUGUGCAUUCCAUGGGGUCUUCACUCUCCCAAAUCUCCUCAGCAGACCCUGGAGCCACAAAUGACAGAAGCAGCUGCCAGCCGAUUCACUCCAGUCAGACACAGCGUGACCAUGUCCUUGUCCCCCAUGGGCCAACCCUUUCCACAGAUGGCUACAGUGAUGUCCGCCUCCAGCACUCCUCCAGAGACAGCAGCAAGCAUAUCCCCAAUCACUGCUGCCCAAAAACACAGCUAUGGAGGGAGACACAGACAGGUCCCCACCAGCAGAAGAUGGUAGCACCACUGAGACAGCUGUCCCUGGGACUUCCUACCCCUAUGGCUGGAGUGGCUGAACCAAGCACCAGUGAUGCUCCCAUAUCUGUUCUGGGCAGAAAAAGCCCUGCAGCAGCAGUGGUGGUGGGCACUGUGUCACCCACAGCUUCAGAGAUUGUUACAGCACCUUCUCCCAGCCUCAGUCAGAGAAGCACUAAGCCAGAUGUCAGCAUGUCCCCUCCUGUCUUUGGAAACACCGAUCUGGCAAUGAUGGCAUCCUCCAUCAUUCCCAGCAUCACUGUCACUGGUACAGCAGCAGGAGCAGGUGAUGCUAGUCUUAACAGGGUCACAAAAUCUGUUUUUGCUGUCCUCAGCAGUGCCUCUGUGCCACGCAGCCCUAGUGCCAUGCAGCCCUACCAGGAUCUCCUCACUGGUUGUUGGCCAUAUAAGGACAUCACCACCCCUGAGAGCAGCACUGAGGGUGCAGUACCCACAGGCAGCACCAUCAGCAGCCACGUGUCUGUCUCAAAUACCACUGGCACUAGCCCAGCCACCGUGCCAGCCACCAAUGUCUCCACCAGCAACACCACCCUAUCAGCCAUUUCAGCCAUCAGGGAGACCUUCACAGUGAGUGAGGCCACCACAGCUGUGCCAUCUGCCAUGACAAAGGCCACCAGCAGUGCCCUGUUCUCUGCUGUCACACACAACACAGCAGGUGGAGAUCAGCACCCUGUCCUAACCCCAGCAACUCCUACUCCCACCAUGGAGAUAACUGCCAGGUCCUGGCAUGUCCUUGGUCCCAGCCCUGCUGCUGUGGUGCCUGGCUCCCCUCAGCCCAGCCUGCACAGCCCAGCAGAGGAGCCAGUGACAGACCCUUCAGCUGCCCCUGGUGCUGCAGAGGGGAAAGAAAAUGGACGGGUCCCCUCAGAGCCAGCAACAGGGGACACUUCUCCCACAACUGUCACUAGCCAUGCCCUGGGACAAGCAGAGAUCACAUCGCCUCCCAGCACCACAACCUUCCUGGGGCCAUCUGCCAGGGGGGAGAACAGAGUUGUCAUCACAGGCAGCACCUUGACCAUCUCUCUGGGCAGCACCAUGGACACUGAUGCAGGCAGCACAGUAACUGCUGCACCCACAGCCCCAGUGGGCCCAGCCAAGGAAGUGGAAGGUGCCCCAGGCACCAUGCCACCAGGGAGUCCAGCAGCCACCACCAGCCCUGCCACUGCCCCAGCUACUGCCUUUGGGACACAGAGGAGACUGGUACCAGCACCAGGAACAUCCUCCCACAAAACUGCUGGCCACAGAAAUCCAUCUCCUGAGCCCCAGCCCACCCUUGGGCUCCUGAUGCCAGCAGCCAUGCUCUACCCUUUUGGAACAGAGGGAGGAGACCAAGAGUGCAUCCAGAGGACAGUGGAUUUUAACUCCCCUCUGUUCAAGCCAGAGAUUGGGUUCCCCUUUGGGAAGUCACUGAGGGAUGCUCUUUAUUUUACAGAUAACGGACAGAUCAUUUUCCCACCCACGGAUAAUUAUGUUCCCUCCAAUCCCAACCCACCUCCCCAGGGCUUCAGUGGCUGGGAGGGUUUGCCAAUGGUGGCUGCCUUUUGGGAAGACGCAGAUUUCUCCCAGGGUGUUGGCACCACCUGGUACCAGGAGUACUCCACCCUCAGCUCUACCCAAAACCCUCUUGUCCGUGAUGUGGAAGCGAAGAUUGAGAAAUAUCUGAAAACCCCCUACAUAGCAAAAUGGACCUUGAAGGUGACAUGGGAGAAGGUUCCAGCAUAUCCAUCCUGGCAGGAUGACACUCGGACAAACACCUACCAGGUGGUCCUCACCACUGACAGGGACCACUCCUUUGCCCUGCUGCUUUACCAGGAUGGUGGGAUGAGGUGGAACUACACAGAGCUGGCUGCAGGCAACGUGCUGAUUGGCUUCUCCAGUGGUGAUGGCUUUGCCCAGAAUAAUCAACUGACUCAAAAGCCACGAGCUGCCAAGUACCGACCGGACCAGCACAGCAGCACUGGCACUGAUGUGUGUGGGCUGUGGAUAUACAGGCUGGACACUGGGUCCCGGGUGAACUACAGGCUGCAGUGCCUGGAGUGGCUGGACACAGAACCAGCACCAGCUACCUGGAACAACGAGCUGCCACCAUGCCCCUGCUCCCAGCCACAGGCAGAGCUGGACCUCCGCUACUGCCGGAGCAGAGGUGCUGAGCAUGGGCCCCUGCAUGGGGUGGUGGGACAGUAGAUUGUCCCCUACCACUCAGGGAACCCCUCCAUGAGGAUGCUGCGCACUGCAUCCCCCAGCCCAUCCAGAGCUGGGGUGUGGUGUCUGUACCGGGAGGGGACCUUGCUCGAAGAUUGGCAGGAGAGAGUGUGGAGCCUGCCCACCCGCUAUGGGGCUGACGAGGAGCUGGAGGCAUUCGACUGGUACUGCCGGCGUGUGGAGAAGCCUCUCUUCUGUGCCAGGUUUGCUGAGAAGAGGCCCAAGGUAGGCUGCAAGGGAUACCUGCCACCCAUCCCUGGUGAGUCCUCAGGGCUCUAUCUUCUCCAUGCCAGUGUCCUGAGUGGGCUUAUGGCACCUUCCAACAACACUGACCAUGUGUCUCAUUUCUUCAUUAUGCUCCUCCAAAUGGGCAACCUGGGGCACAGUGAGGCUCAGCUGCUUUGCUACACCCCAGCAGCUCCACCAUCAGCCCUGUCCUUUCCCUGCAGGACAGACAGUGACGGCUUCACCUUCACAGUGGUGUCUGAGUUCUCCUAUGACAGCCGUGGCACCGUCAUCCGGUUCCUGAAUGAGGAACUGCUGGGAGCCAUCAUCAGAGCCUUCAACAGGUGGCGGAGGUGAAGGGAGGUGGACACACACAUCCUCUUCCAGCCCUUGUAUGAGGGCAAUGUUACUGACCUGGUGAAGUUGACAGUGGCUGAGCUGAAGAGCUAUUUCCCCUGCAGUCUGUAUGGCUACAAAGGGUACCAGCUCUACUACAUGGGAACCAUCGGCUUUGUCUGCAUCUCCCCUUGCAAGAUGGGCUACUGCCAGCAUGGCAGCAGGUGUCAGCACCUGCCCCAGGGGCCCACAUGCAGCUGCCUGCCCUUCUCUAUCUUCUCCCCCACUGGUACCCAGUGUGAGCAGCUGUACAUCAGCCUCACUGCCUUCCUCAGCAUCCUGCUGGGAGCCUUGGCUCUGCUCUGCCUCCUGCUCACCACUGCCUGCCUGGCCUCACACCUUCACUGUGGGCACUGCCACCAGGGGUGAGCUGUGGGCUGGAGCCACACAAGGGUGGUUGCUGCAGAUACAGCAGGGAAUGGAGACUGGGAGUCAGGAAGAGCUUUUUCAGCCCCCCAAAAAAGGUGGAAAAAUCAUCUCCAGAAGAUCCACCACUUGUGGGACCCAUCUGGCCAGGGCAGAAGGAGCAGGUCAGACCUCCAAGCCAGCCCCACCAGCAGCCCUAACCUGCCACCAGCCCAGCCCCAGCUCCUGUGGGAUCACAGAGGAGCCAGACACUGCUUCCAGCUCUGCUGCCUGCUCUUGGAGCCAGAUUUCACCCCAGUCCUCUUGGGAGAGGAUUUCACCUUCCCCUGAAGAGUGGCAAAGGCAACCAGAAUAGUCCCUGAGUGUGUCUGCACCAGGGUGUGCUCUGGUGCAAUGGAACUGGACCCAGCAGAGCGACCAACAGCAGGGUCAGGUGGGGCAGUGCACCCAGUAUAGCCCAUUAGGAACAACAUAGAAUAAAACAAAGAUGAUGAGUAAGUUGCUGCUGAGUAAGUACCUCACAGUGUUCAUGUGCCAGUCCUGCUUCCUUGUCACUGAGCUCUCACAGAAUCACAGAAUUGUCACAGCUAGGAAACACCUCUAAGAUCAGCUCUCAAGGCCCUGCUUUCUGCUCGUUCUGACCCCAAGGCCAAAGAGAAGAUGGAUAUAUGCUUGUUUGUGGUUUUUUUUUAUCACUCCAUCCCCUCAUUUCCCCUGUAAAGCUGCAAGCCUCCCCCACCGUCCUUUCCAGGCCCCACUCACAGAAGCUCAGAUCCCCACAGACAACCCACAGGCCUUCACCCCUGCUGGGGGGGAGAUGCUACACCCAAGGAGAGUGUGUCAGAGCCUGCCAGACCCCAGCUCCAACCUCUCUGCCCCAGAACUCUGCUCAGCUGCAUUCUGGGCACUCACAUCCCCAGCCCCAGCUGGGAGGGCAGCAGCAUCCUGCAAUGCCACCAUCCCCACCACCGCCUCCCAUCCCAGUUCAGCAGAGGACAUGGCUGGCACAAGAUUAGUGAUGCUCAUACCCCUUGGAGGUUUUAUUGAACGAACAAGAUUUUACAAGGCUCAUUGUUUUGUUUUGUUUUGUUUUGUUUUGUUUUUAAGAAAGGCAGAUGCUCUUUUGUGCACAAAAAAAUUAUUUUUGUCCUAGCUUUUCUGAUUUUGGGGUUGAAUUUUGCCCUUACACAC